AUGUUCCCGUUUUUCUUGCACUCUCUUGGAUACUCAAUGAACAUUAAUCCAGGAUAUUCGAGUUUCCAGGUCCAACCAAAUGAAUUAGUUAACUUUGAAACCAAUGAUAGCGUAUUUACAGUAUUUUCUUUUGCAUCCUCAACAGAUAUCGAUAUUAACAUCACUCAAUCAUACAAAAAUAAGAUUACCCAUCUUAACAAUUUUAAUGGCUCAAGCUUUUUCAUAAAAUCCGAAUCGAAUCUUAAAUUUCAAAAUAAUAAAAACAAAGAGAUACAAUUACUUAUAUGGUCAGCAAGCGAGGCCUAUUGUUCUGAUGAAAUGUACUUAAUUCACAACAAGUUAAGCUUCCAUGCCGAAAUUCCUGACGAUUAUAAAUUUUAUUGUUUCUUCAAUACAAAACAAGAAAAGUCAAAGACAAUUCUUCAAUUUGACAAGCAAGAUACAUCAACUGAAGUCGCAUUUAUCAACGAAACUGAUGUAGAACACCCAGAAAAUUCUUGCGUUAAAAAUUGCGAAUAUUCAACUUCUCUAUCAUACUUUUUAAGGAUAUUAUCAUCAAAGAAUGCCUUUGAUUUAACAUAUCAAGGGACUGACUAUCAAAUGCAAAAUAAGAAAUGUUUUAUUCAACAAAUUCCUAAAUUAAGCGAGGAAUCAUCAUUGCUAUUUCCUAAAGCAUCACUUUCCAUUUCUAAACUACAAUGCAACCUUGGAUUCUUCACUCCAACUUUAAUUGUUGUUUUCGUGAUAAUAUCAAUAGUUCUUUUGAUAUUCAUUGUACUUGUUACUAUAUUCCUUGUAAAAAAAUUCAAGGAAAAGAACCAAAUCAAAACUCCAAUAUUGAACACCAAUGAUAACGCGCAAACAAUAGUUUAA